GUAAGUCAGUGGAAGAAGCGGCUGUGUGUGAGAGUUUGUGAGUGUGAGUGUGUGUGAGGGAGCGUGUGUGUGUUUGUGUUUGAUUGGUUAAUUGAUGUACAGGUGUGCUGCUGGUGGUGCUGAAGGUGAUGGACCCGCUGCGCGCGUUGCUGGAUGAGGUGUGUUUGGAGGGGUUGGACGGGAUCACGCUGUCCGCGCUGUGGAUCCGGCUCCGCACGCGCAGACCCGCCUUCCCCCUGCACCUGGAGCCGCGCGCACAGCAGUACCUGUGGAGCGCGCUCACCUACAACCCUCACAUCACCUUCCACCUGCUGCCGCGAGCCCGACCCACACUGCAGCUGCGCGACCGGUUUACGGAUGAGGACCCGGAGACGGGGGACCAGGAGCUUUCCCAGCCGCACCAGGACCCGGGCUGGGAGGACCCGUACCCCGUCAGCGUCCUGCUGGACGACCCGCAGGGCAUCCAGGGGUCCUGCCUGUACUACCGAGAGCGGGAGGACAUCACAUCCCGGAUCAGAACCAGCCAGAACACGCCUAUACUCACCCUGGAGCAGGCCAAUAACAUGUUUGGGGAGAGGCUGGUGAUGGUGGGGAGUCAGGUGAUGCGGUACCGGGCUCUGAUUGGAGACGAGGGCGACCCAGAGCUGAAGCUCGGCGACCACUCCUACUGUAUACUGGAGAGACUGGGCCGAGCCCGCUGGCAGGGCGAGAUCCAGCGAGACCUCCACAUCACAUCCUUUAAGAUUGAGGCGGGGAAGCUGCACUAUCUGAGGAAGUCGUUGGACAGGAAUGGUCUGAUUACGAUGCAGUCCUACGUCGUCCGACUUCCGUCCGGCGCCAGACAGCACUCUAUUCUCCUACUGCUCAAACGCUUCCAUGUCGACAGGAGGAGUAAGUAUGAUCUGCUGAUGGAGUCCACUUCCAGACUGCUGUCAGAGUUACCCAACCAGGUGGGCAUCGUCCUGAAGCUGAGGGAGCAGCUGCACGUGGGCGAGCACACAUUUAAGCGUGUGUAUCAGUACAUGCAGACGGCCAAGAUGGUGAGCGUGGUGUCCGUUCCCCUGCAGGAGCUCAACCCCCAGGCUGGACCCUUCAAGACCAAGAAGGGGACGGAUAUCCGAGUGCGCUGUCUGAAGCUCCUGAAGCCGUACACCAGGAAGGUGAUCGAGGAGGAUGACGAGGAUGAGAACAAUGAUGAAGAAGGUGAUGGUCCUGUGAAGAGGAACGUUCAGAUUCAGGCUCGGGAUGUGGAGCGAGAUUUUCUGUCCCAGGCCUACGAAAUGGUGGUGGCGGCGGGUUCGAGGGGGAUUUCUCAGACGGCUCUGAGAGGAAUGCUGAACGUGGGGAAGCUGGAGAGCCGUAUGAUCUGCAGAAUACUGGAGAGGAACAACAUGAUUAAGGGGUUUAUGGAGGACGAGGGGCGUCAGAGGACCACCAAGUACAUCAGUAAGCUGUUUGUAGAGAAGAGUAAACUCAACCUGCAGUUUAAUAAAGAGCGUCAGCGCAGCCAGCAGCUCCGAGUGCCCCCGCCCAACAGCCCCGCCCCCCACGACCAGCAGGACACGCCCCUCAGCCAGCCGGAGACUGGAGACACCCUGACGGAGGAGGAGGACCCGAAGGAGGAGCCAGAACCAGAGAAGGAGCCGGAGGCGGAGCCAGAACCAGAGGAGGAGGCGGAGCCGAGAGGCAGAGGGAGGAGGUCUAAAGGAAAAGCUGGGAGGAAAUCCAAACCUGGAGCUCGAAAAGCCGUCACCUCCACACCCAAACACUCUACACCCCUCAGGAAAAAGAAGCCCCUCCCCAAAAAGGACAUGGAACAAUCUUUAGAGGAGGCGGAAGUAGAUCAGAAAGACGAAUCACUGCUGAACCUAGAGGCUACUCCCGCAGGCGACUCCUCCAGCAUCUUCUACAACCAAUCACAGAACCCCGAUGACACGGUGACCAUCGAGGAGGUGGUGGACUCUGCGGAGAGGAGGACGGGUCACGAGCAGCACGAGACGUAUCGUCUCCUCAAGCGCAAAAACCUCAUUAUAGAGGCCGUCCGCAACCUGAAGGUCAUCGAGGGUCUUUACACGCUGCAGAAGAAGCUGAUGGAUGAGGAGAAGCUGGAUGGGGUAAAUACUCGAGUUUGUAAGAAGAGCAUCCUGAGACUGAUCAGAACUCUGGCCCGAGAGGGAUAUCUCAAACUCUACAGAACCACCGUCAUACAGGACGGGGUCAGCAAGAAGAUGGAGUUUGUUGUUCACCCCUCCAUCACUCCUGACGACCCGCUGGUGAAAAGUGCUAUAGAGCAGGUCCGCUUUAAGAUCUCCAGCUCCUACACCGUGCACAGGCUGAAGAAACAGGAGAAAGCCAAGUCUCUCUCUCUGGACGUUAAACCUGAGCCUGAGACCGAGUGUAAAGCUUCUCAGGGGAAAACGGAGGAGAAGAUGGGGGUGAAGGACCUGAAGAACUUCAAACCCACUAUAGUUCCAGGACUGAGCCGGUCUCUGGGGUUCCAGCCGAAGAUGCCUCGGUUCCGGAUGGUCCACAGCUUCCUGUUCUACCUGCUGUAUGAUCAUCCAAUCAGACAACGGCGAAUUGAUGACUCCUCCCACACCUCUGACCCUGACUUGACCCCCCACACUGUGACCGUGACCCCUGACCCUGAGCUCACCUCCACCGCCCCCUCCACCAGCGCCGAGGGGGAGGGGCAGAGCGAGGGUCUGCAGAUACCUGCUGAGGACGAGUUCACCGUGUAUGUGAACGAGCUGAGCUGGAAGAGGUUUAUCCCCCCGCUGCCGGUACACAGGGAUUUUGGUGAUGGGUGGGCGUUAACCAGCGACGUUCUGAUCUCACUUCCUCUCAGCGUCUACGUCCAGGUCAUCCAGAUCAACUACAAGGUGGAGGGGUUGGAGGAGUUUCUGAAUGAUCCAGUGAAGCAGCAUUACCUCAUAAAGUUCCUCCCGUCCGACAUCAAAACCCAGCUGCUGCACCGCCGGAAGUAUUUCUACAGUUUUUAUGAGAAUAUGCAGAGGCUUUGUUUCAUGGGUCUCCUGCAGUUCGGACCUGUGGAGAAGUUCAUGGAUAAAGAUCAGGGCUUUUUUUACCUGAAGAAACAUGCAACCAUCGUGGACACCACCGUCUGUGAGCCGCAUUAUAACCUGGCCAUAGAGACGCGUCCGUUCGACCGACGCCGAUACACCUUCAACAGCCUGCAGGACGUGGAGAACUACUGGUUCGACCUGCUGUGUGUCUGCCUCAACACACCUUUAGGUGUGAUUCGUCCUCGGUCUCGGGGUGAGGACAGGGAAGCAGAUGAGCAGGAUGUUACAGCAGGACCGAUACGAUACGAGAGUCUGCAGUACACCCUGAGGGGCAGUUGUGAGGUGAUGGAUGACGGCGUAACCCCUGGCGAUGGGCAGGGGGCGGGGGGACUCGACUCCACCUUCUUUAGUCACCUUAAACGCAAUUGGCUGUGGACCACACACCUGCUCAACAAACCUAAACGGGCUGAAAGUCAGACGGUGCGUUUGAGGAACUUCCUGUCCAAACACACCUACCCCAAAUCAGUGUGUGCAGCGAUUCAGGGCGGCGUGGGCACCGGUCUGGCUCCCCCUGUAGUUCAGGAGGAGGAGGUGCAGGUGGGGGUGGAGUCGAGCUCCAGGAAUCAGCAGGUACGAGGGGGGAGGAAGCUGAAACGCAAGAGGCAGAAAAAAGAAAGCAGCAAACCGCCGUCCAAGAAGAAGAGGAAAGUGGCCAGUGUGAGGAAGCGGACGCCGUGUCAGGAUGAGACCGACCGUAACGCACUGAUGCGCAUGACCAGACAGAGGGUCACCUGGUCUCACCUGGAGGACAGUAUACUGAUGCUGUGCAGAGUGGCCAGCCACUUCCUCAACCGCAAGAUAAAGAAGCCGUUUGUGGCGUGGAACGUGGUACGUGAUAUUCUCCACGCUGAGCUCGAACUGUCACUGGAUAAAACCUCACUGUCGGUUGGACGCCGUUCUCGAUACAUCAUGAAGAACCCUCAGACUCAACUCAACUACAGGAUCUGCCUGGCUGAAGUGUAUCAGGAUAAAGCUCUGGUUGAGGAGUUCAUGAACAAAACCAACAACUACGAAGAUCCAAAGGUGUGUGCUGAGGAGUUUAAUGCGUUUGUAAGCGCUCUAAGGUCAAAGUUCAGCUCCAGCUACGGAGCCAGCGAGGUCAUCAUCCCCGACACCAAAGAGGAGCUUUUUAACAAGUUUAAAGUCUACAUUAUCGGAGAAGAACCGGCCCACAGAACCAAGGAUGUUCUUAACAGUGUGGAGGACAUUCACUCUCUGGUGCUGAAUAAUUUGAUCCAGAGUACUCUCGUCCUCUCCAGCUCUCAGAUGAAGAGCUGCCAGGCCUUCCAGUCCUUCUCCCUGUACAGCAGGUAUAAGGCGGAGGUGUUGCAGCAGGUUUUUAUCGACUGUAAGAAACGAGGGUUAGUUAACCGUCGCCGGGCCAAUAAGAUCCUCGGCCCCAAGAAGAACAGAGCCGUCCCCUUCAUGCCCAUGUCCUACCAGCUGUCCCAGCACUACUACAGGUAUUUCACCUGGCGAUUCCCCAGCACUCUGUGUAACGAACUUUACGACCUGCUGGAGGCUCUUCGUGAGAAAGGAGGCGUGGACCGUCCCAACACCUUUUCCUUCCAGCGGGACAAAGAGGCAGAGACAGAUGAGGGACGGCUUCAGAGCAAAGGAGAUGGACUACAGCAGGACAAUGCUCCUCUAGAACCUUUGGCGCCCCUUGGUGAUAGAAAGGACUCUGUCUUAGCUCCUGUAGCGCCCCCUGAUGAUGAAAAGGACUCAGGAACUGUAGGUGUAGUCCCUCCAGGUGGUGUGGAGCAUUCUGCGGUAGAUCCUGAAGCACCACCUGGAAAUGUAGAGGAUUCUGUUGGAGAUGCCCUUUUACCGCCCGUUGAAGACCCAUUGAAUGAUGUUGCUAUGGAUCCUCUGACUCCCCCUACUGACAUGGACGACAUGCUGACGUUCCACAUAGACGCUCCAGGAGGGGCGUCGCUCUGCUGCCUCUCGUUAAUGACCCUGGGGCUGCUGACUGUGGAUGUGUCGAUACCACAGCAGGUCGUGGUUGUGGACAGUACGCUGGUGGACAACGAUGUGGUAAAGAGCAUCACUAAGGAGCUGGACGAGGACGAUGAAGAUGAAGGUGAUUAUGAACGGAGGGGACGUGUUGAGGUGAAGGCUCGGCAGGCUUCCCACACCAACUACCUGCUGAUCAGAGGAUACUUCGUCCCGGGAAUCAUCAGCCUGAGGAACAUCAACUCCACCGACCACAUCGCCAUCAACUCCUGCACCGUGAGGAUCAAACUCCGGCACACUCCCGCCCACACACUCUUCAAAGAGACCGAUGGUGCGCUCUCAUUGGUGACUCAAUCGUCCACUCUAUCAUUACCGCCGUCGUUCUCUCGCCUGCUUAAGCAACGUAAAGGUGAAUGUGGGCGGAGUUUUGUGGAUCGGUGCGUGUCGGCGUUGGGUUACAGCAGUGCAGAUGUGGAGGCGGUUCAGACCCUUAGGGCUGCUGUGCAGGAGUGGGCGGAGUUUGGUACUGAGAGACUUGAGCUGUGCAGGAGGUUUACUUACCUGGAGCAGCAGGAACACGGCAGGACCAGAACACUGCAGCAAUACAUACAGGAUAUGAUAGACGGCGAGGAGCUGUUGGAGGUUGGAGGUCUUUCUUCACGGUUGGUGUGUGUGAAGUCUAGCGCCCCCUGGCUUCUGAAGUGUCCCACGGAGGUGAACAAGGACAUGUCCCAGAAUCUCGCCCUCUCGAAGUCCCGGAAACGCAGCAUGCCGUUCAGGAGCUCUCAUUCACGUUUAAGUGGACUUCCUCCAACCAAGAGAGUUGCCAGAGAGACGGUUGCCUUGGAAAACAUUGCCAUGGCCAUGUCCUCUAGUGUGUCUAAUGUUUCUGGCACCUCUGAGUCUGGGACAUCUACGCCUGGGUCCUCUGCGUCUGGGUUCUCUGCGUCUGGGUUCUCUGCACCUGGGACGUCUGCGCCUGGGACCUUUGCGCCUGAGACUUCAGCACCUGGGACAUCUGCGUCUGGGACAUCUGCGUCUGGGACCUCUGCGCCUGGGACCUCUAUUCCUGGGACCUAUGCGCCUGGGACAUCUGCACCUGGGAUAUCUGUGCCUGGCACCUCUGCACCUGAGACCUCUGUUCCUGGGACAGUUGCUGCAAACACCAAUGCUCCAAAUGUUGCACUUAAGGAGGCCACCCUUGCUGAGGCUGGUGACAUGGAGUCCACUGCACCAGGCACCAUCACCCUGGAGACCACCACUCCUGCCAAGUGCGAUGCCACAGAGACCCUUUCACCUGAAACUGUUGCGAAGUCCAUUGCACCCAGGGUGGUUGUCACAGAGUCCACUGUUGCUGACUCUGCUGCCAAUAAAGAAAAUGUACCUGGUGCAUGUAUCACGGAGACCGCCCCUGCCCAGCCGGCCAAGGCAGAUGCUGGACGAGACGCAACACAUUCUUUAGCGACAGGUAAUGGACGCGACGGUGAAGGUUCCAAGCAGGAAGAGGACUUGAGCUUUGUGGCUCGGCCGUGGCGGAUCGUGGACGGUUCUCUGAACAGGCCGGUUUGUAAAGGGAUGCUUGAGGCUUUACUCCUGCACAUCAUGACAAACCCCGCCAUACCUGAACCUGCCCUGCUGAACCACUACAGCGGAGUCCUGCAGCCUGUGGUCAUCCUCGACCUGCUGCAGGUGCUGAUGGAGUUGGGGUGUGUGAAGAGGCGUUGUGCGGAAAUUCAGCCCAAAGUGUCGCUGUUCUCGCGCCCCCGUGCUCCGGUGGUCCGGAGUCCAGGUGAGGUCAGUGUGACGGAGGACGUGGUGGUCUUCUACGAGCCCACGGUGGACUGCAGCCUCCGCCUGUCCCAGCUGUUCCCCCACGAAAGCAACUGGAACAAAUGGGUGCAGCUGUGCGUGCGCUGAACACCUGAGCUCCUGAACACCUGAGCUCCUGAACACCUGAGCUCCUGAACACCUGAGCUCCUGAACACCUGAGCUCCUCAACACCUGAGCUCCUGAAGACCUAAAGACCUGAACUCCUGAAGACCUGAGCUCCUGAACACCUGAGUGUCUGGAGGCCUGAGCUCCUGGACACCUGAGCUCCUGAACUCAUGAAAACCAGAACACCUGAGCCCCUAAACACCUGAGCUCCUGGACAGCAUCUGAGCUUUUAAGAACUUGAGCUCCUGAACUCCUGAACUAAACACCUUUUCUUUUUGGUUUAAUGAAUUGUUAAGUUAUAAUUAGAAUUGCGUAUUUUUGUUUGCGUAUGUUUAUUAUAAUUUAAUUAAAAUAUUGCUGUGAGCUGGAAACAAAUAAAGGAUUAUUUUCUUGAA